CGUAGUUAGACUUUAAUACAAAUAUUGAGUUACCUUAAAAAAUAUUUAUUAAUUUUACUUGAUAAAAAAACCAAAAAUGGAAGCAUUUUUGGGUAUUAAAGGAAAAGAUUUCGUGAUGCUGGCAUCGGUAACGAUGAAUACUCAACAGGGAAUGCUGCAGCAAGAGUGCAUAUUGCAUCCCCUGAACAAACACUCUAUGAUGACGGUCGUGGCAGUGGCGGACGGCAAGUCGCUUAAAUUCAAGAAAAGAAUCCUCCAACACCUGGGAUUGUUUGAGGUAUACAAUGGUCAUAGGUUGACCCUCCAGGCAGCGGUGCACUACUCCAGCAGAAACCUUUUAAGGUUCAAGCGGGGUCAUCCCAAUAAUCAGAUUACAAUAAUGAUUGGCGGAUUCGAUUCCAUCAAUGGUCCAGAGUUGCAUUGCAUCGAUUAUAAAGGCACGGUGGCUGCCAUACCAUACGGCGUACGUGGCUCGCAUCCGGAAUUCUGUGAUUUUCUCCUCCAGGACCUCUACAAGCCGAAUCUUGACCAGGAAUUGGCCUAUAAGGCCCUCAGAAGCUGUGCUGAAAAAAUCAAGAAGAAAUUUGUGGUUAAUUCGUUCAAUUUCGAGGUGUUUGUAAUCCAAAAAGAAGGCACCAAAAGGGUCACUGAGGAGGAGUUUUCCAAAUGUGAUGAAAGUCUUAUAAAUAAUUAA